AGAGCCAUGAUGAAGACCUUGUCCAGUGGGAACUGCACACUCAACGUGCCUGCUAAGAACUCCUACCGCAUGGUGGUGCUGGGUGCCUCCCGAGUGGGCAAGAGCUCCAUUGUCUCCCGCUUCCUCAAUGGCCGCUUUGAGGACCAGUACACGCCCACCAUCGAGGACUUUCAUCGCAAGGUGUACAACAUCCAUGGGGACAUGUACCAGCUGGACAUCCUGGACACCUCUGGCAACCACCCAUUCCCUGCUAUGCGCCGGCUAUCCAUCCUCACAGGAGAUGUCUUCAUCCUGGUUUUCAGCCUGGAUAGCCGGGAGUCCUUCGAUGAGGUCAAGCGCCUUCAGAAACAGAUCCUGGAGGUCAAGUCCUGCCUGAAGAAUAAGACCAAAGAGGCAGCAGAGCUGCCCAUGGUGAUCUGUGGGAACAAGAACGACCACAGUGAGCUGUGCCGUCAGGUCCCUGCCAUGGAGGCCGAGCUGCUGGUGUCUGGUGAUGAGAACUGCGCCUACUUCGAGGUGUCAGCCAAGAAGAACACUAAUGUGAACGAGAUGUUCUAUGUGCUGUUCAGCAUGGCCAAGCUGCCCCACGAGAUGAGCCCUGCACUGCACCAUAAGAUCUCUGUGCAGUACGGUGAUGCCUUCCACCCCCGGCCCUUCUGCAUGCGCCGCACCAAGGUCGCAGGUGCCUAUGGCAUGGUCUCACCCUUUGCCCGCCGCCCCAGUGUCAACAGUGACCUCAAGUACAUCAAGGCCAAGGUCCUACGGGAGGGCCAGGCACGCGAGAGGGACAAGUGCAGCAUCCAGUGAGAGGCAGGGACAUUGGGGAAGGGGCUUGGGCAGUGCCUUAAGGGAGGUGGCUCAGGAUUCCCACUGCCCACACCCCACAGAGGGCCCUAGGUGUGUAUCCUGUGCUCAUUCUCUUGAUUCCUGGCCACCUCCUGUGAGCUGUGAGGGUGGUUCCUUUGCGGGAGGACAGAGCCAUCUGGGGACAUGUUAGCACUCAUGCCGAGACAAGCUUUCAGUUUCCUUAGACUGGGAGGGAUGCAGAAAGGACAGGAGUUCUGCGUCAAAGCAAGAUGCUCAGUACAAGUCACAGGAUGAGAACAUCUUAGCCAGAUGUCCCAGCCAGAUUCCCUGGUGGCCUCUGCUCCCUCUGUACGGACCAGCUUGGUCUGUAUGCCCCUGGAGAAUCCACCCUCCUGGGUCUUCAGCUCCUGUCCUCUAGCCCAGCUGUGUACAUUCCCCCUCCAACACAACUUAGUCCCUGGCCACCCUGACCGUGAGCCAACAGAGAGAGGAAGGGGGGAGGGGGGAGGGGGAGAGGAAGAUGGAGACAAAGACAGAGACAGAGAGACGUGCCUGUGUCCCUCAGACCACUGCCUCUUGGCUCCACUCCCAGACUCCUCCAUAUGACAUUUCUCUUUGUUUUGAAGUGUUUCCUGUUCUGUUUGCAGUAGACAUGAAGUCCUUGUACUGUAAGAGCCCAAUGAUUUGUCUUGGACCAGGCUUCCCAGUUCAAAUCCAUUGCUUUAGCUGGGGUCUCCCUCCCUGCCCUCAGGCAGGCUGUGUAGCUGGGUCCUGCCCAGUGUCAAUCAGCUUACAAAGAGCCCACAGCACCACAGUCACAGCGGGACUCUCCUGCCCUCCAGAGAGGAUGACUGGGCUUUGAGAGAGUGACUAAACCCCUCCAUACUCCUAACUAGUUCAGGACAGAGCUCUGACUAGAUGCAGCUUUCUUCUGCUGUAGUUCUUAAACAUCUGCCAAGCACCUACUGCAUACUGGGUCCCUUGCGUGCUAGGCACCAGAGAGCGAGGGGUCCUGUAUGUCCUCAGCUCCGGCCUUUGCCCACCCAUGGUGCCCCUUCUGCACACAUAGCUGUUGGAGGUAGUGGAGCAGCUGAGAGCCAGAGCCAAGCCCAGGACAGGUUGGAAGGAAGACUUGGCACUUUUCUUAUGUGUUCAGGCUAUGCUAGGUACACAGGAGUGGGGAUGAGGGAUGACUCUGACCCCUAAAACCAAAGUUUCUGUUCACCAACUCUUAAUAUAUCUAUGCUUUAGUCUUAAUAGUACUGCAUCUGGCCCGUUGAGAUGGGUCAGUGGACAAGGAUACCGGCUGCCAAGCUUUCAACCUGAGUUUAGUCCCGGGCUCCCAUGUGGUGGAAGGAGAGAAGGAACUUGUAAGUCAGGCAUCAUGGUACCCCCUCCACAUACUCAAGGUGGUGAAGCUGAUGGUAUCAGAAACCAUAGGAAUCACUAGUGCAUUCUCUCAAGGCCCAGGUCACUCACUGCAAGCUAGGCCAGCCAUGGGCCUUCCAUACACACCUGUCAUACUUUCCUGGAGCUCCCAGUGGCAGGGAUUUGGAUCAUGUUACACAUCCCUCCCCCAGAGCAAUCCCCAGGUUAUCUGUGGAUGCUGUGUGCAUUGUCACCCUUCACGCACACCAGGCCCAGCCCUGACUCCAUACACACCUCAACACCUGCUGCUCAGCACAACUGCUUCAGCGCCUGCUUCUGUCCUGCAGUAACCCCAGCACCGUUCUGAGAGUAUACCAGGUACUUGUCCAGGCAGGUGUAUGGCCUGGCCCCAUCCGUUCAAGCUCCACUGCCUGAACCUCUGUGUACACUAUCAAUUAAAGUUGGUUUGUUAGCA